AUCGCCACUAGGAUAUUAACCCUUUUGUUAUGAAAGCUAUAAUUAUAGAGAUUUCUACCGUAGUACUAAUAUGUUUGUUAUACUGUUUUCCAUGGUUAAAAUGUUCUCUAUAUAGCAUAUUUUUAUUCUUUAAAAUAUAUUGAAAGUUGCUCGUGUUUUUCUCUUUAUCUUUCAAAUAAAGUUAUAUUAUAUGUUGUUACGAAACAAUUUUGUACAUUGAAUGGAUAUGAUGCAUAGUUAACAGACUACACGUACAUGGAUAGACCGAGUGUUGGAAUCCUUUGUUUUAAUAUAAUGUGUUACUUUAAAUGGAAUUUUGUCUUUCUGAAAUGUGAAGACUUUCGAAAUAUUUAUUUUGAUUUGAUAAGAGGAGUUGUUAUUUGUUUAAUGGAUAAUAUGAUCAGGAGAAGUGAAUUUAAUCCUAUACAAUCCGAGUAUGAUGUGAUUGAUCGCGAAAGUAUUUUAGAAAUUAUGCUUCAAAUCAUUGUACAAUGAAAACGAUAACGCUUCUGGAACACGGUUGAAUAAACUCAUCGAAAAUUCUGUCGGCUAGUCAGAUUGCUUAUGUAUAGUGAAUCCUCUCGUUAUUAUUACUCUAUCUGAAAAUAUUUGAAAAGUAUUGAACCACCCUGGGGGCGUCUCGCGUAUCUGUAGCUUCGAAUUUCACGGGGCGUCUGAUAAUCGUUCUGCCACGAACGAGAAAUCGUUCAGUCGACUGAUGGCUGUUGGCUCAUUUCAAUCAAAAUGAGAAUACAAACGGUGCUUGGAUGCUUCCUUCUUCUUGGCUAUAAUUUGGCAAUUGCUUUUAUCGAGGAUGUCGAACUUGCAUACAAUUGCAAAAGUCAUGACACCGUCCCGCCAAUGUUGAGGUUGAAGAGGUUCCUAUUCUGUGAAUAUGAUAGCAGCAUUCGACCGACUCUGUCUCAUCAAGUUGCCAACAACGUCACCAUGCAACUACUACCAAAAAUCCUGGAUUUCGAUGAUUGGAAUGGCAGAAUGACACUGCACAGUUGGAUGACGCUCGUUUGGAACGACGCUCAUCUGUCUUGGAAGCCCAGCGACUUUGAUGGAAUCAAUUUUAUUCACGUACGAAGCGAUAGCAUUUGGAUUCCUGAUAUUUCCGUUUAUAAUUCUGGUGAUAUGAUGUUCGACCAGACUGGUAUACCACCGACGACAUGUUUGGUCUUCAAUACAGGAUCCGUUAGCUGUGUACCAUCGGUGAUGCACGUUGCUAAAUGCGCCACAGACUUUGCUUCAUGGCCCUACGACACGCAUCGGUGUCGAAUUAAUUUUGGUUCGUGGUCUCAUUCGGGGGAGGAAGUGAAUUUUAAUCUGGACAAGAAAGCGUUCCAAAUGGAUGGGUUCGCGAAUAAUACCGAGUGGGAUUUCAAAGUACUAAAUGCGUACAAAGUAUUAAGGAAAUAUAAAUGCUGUCCAAACGAUACUUAUCCGAUGAUCGUUUAUGAGUUCGCUAUAAGUCGGCAUUAUGGUGUAAUGCAUACUACGUAUAUCACACCUGCCAUAGCGAUGAUGUUACUUACGUUAACUGUACUUUGGUUGGAUUCGAGAUCAACGGAAAGAAUGGCUGUAGCCGGUGUGAACUUAAUCUGUCAUAUACUUUGUAUGUUCGAUUUGCAUUGGCAGCUACCUCACAAUGGUAUCAAUCCUCCAAAUAUAUUACUGUACUACCGAGAUUCAUUAGCUUUAGCCGUGUUCGCCUUAGUUUUAACCGCUGCACUCCGUAAAAUGCAAGAAAUGAGUAUCGAGGUGCCCUAUUGGAUCUCUACGACCACAUCGUUCAUCUUGAGUAACAGAGCUGGGCGUUUUCUUAUUCUUACUGACGACGAUUCCAAAUUGUCUGCCACGGGAAUAUUGGGUGGAGAAGGCGAGGAUAAUUCAGACUUACCAAAAUCUGGAAGCGAACCGAAAGAAUCGUCGUGGAGACAUUUCGCUGCCAUCAUUGAAUGGCUGUCUUUCUUCGUGAUCAUUUUCACCUACAUUAUCAUUCUGAUCACUCUUGUACCAUCCACAUGAAAAAUCGUUUCUUGUUCUACGUUUCAUCAAAAGUCAAUUGUAGAUUCUCAUUGUCAAUAAACGAUCAUUUAUGGA